AUGGCGAACCAUGCUCCACAAGAUGUUGGCCCAAAGGCCAAUAUCGCCGAAGUUCCCACUAUCAGCCAUGCAGAAAGCAAUCAAGAGCACUCCAAAUUUAAGUCUGCCAAAAAUGCCGACGGCGACACGGCUAUGGCGCUAUUCGAUAACCCGGACGAGCUCCACGAAGAUGUCGAUCCCGUGGAAGCGAGAAAGCUAUUGUGGAAGAUCGACUUCAUGAUCUUGCCCUACUUGGCUGUUUGCUACGCAUUCUUCUACAUUGAUAAGACAACGUUGAGCUAUGCUGCUAUUUUUGGGAUUCGGGAAGAUCUUGAUCUACAUGGAACCCGGUAUAGCUGGCUGAGCAGUAUAUUCUAUUUUGGUUUCUUAGCAUGGGCAUUCCCUACCAAUUUUCUGAUGCAGCGUCUUCCAAUCGGGAAAUACCUAGGCGCGAAUAUUUUCAUGUGGGGUGCGUUCCUCAUGAUCCAAGCUGCCUGUAACAGCUUUGAAACUCUCGCUGUUCUUCGAGCCCUUGGUGGUGCGGCCGAGGCCUGCGCUGACCCAGCUUUCAUGCUCAUCACGAGCAUGUGGUAUACGCGUCGUGAACAGCCAGUGCGUCUCGGGCUGUGGUACACAGCGAAUGGCCUCGGUAUUGCAUUGGGUGGGUUAUUGGGUUAUGGAAUUGGGCAUCUUAAAGGUGCCCUACCGUCUUGGAAAUACGAGUUUCUCGUGAUGUACGUUGAUUUCCUCUCGCCCUCGUUGAACUUGCCCAUUUCACUAACCUUGCUUAGUGGUGCACUAUGUUCCGCCUGGGGUAUUGUCAUGUUUAUCUUCCUCCCAGAUUCACCCGUCACAGCAAAAGGUCUUACCAAGAGAGAGCGCCGCAUGGCUGUUGAGCGUCUACGAGAAAACCAGACUGGUGUCGAGAAUAAACAUCUCAAGCCGUAUCAGAUUUUGGAGGCUUUCAUGGAUUACAAGCUCUACAUGUUCUUCAUUCUUGGCAUGGUUUGCAAUAUUCCCAACGGUGGUAUCUCAAACUUUGGAACCAUCAUCAUCAAAGGGUUUGGGUUCUCAACAUUGGUGACCACUCUUAUGCAGAUUCCAUAUGGUUUUAUCAUUGCUAUGUCGAUUUUGGCAUGCGUCUACCUCAACGACCGCUUCGAAAAUCGACGAUGUCUUUUCAUUCUUAUCUUCCUAAUUCCCAACAUUGCCGGCGCCUUUGGUCUUCGCUUUGUUCCCAUCGAACACAGUGUAGGCCGCUUAAUUUGUUAUUACCUGACAGGCCCUUACAAUGCCGCAUUUGUACUCGUUUUGAGCAUGCAAAUGGCCAACACCGCUGAAAUUAAUACUACUGUGGAUUCAGGCCAUACUAAGAAAGUUGUCACCAACGCUGUGCUCUUCCUGGGGUACUGCACCGGAAACAUUGCUGGGCCGUUCUUCUAUAAAACCGAUCAAUCACCUACCUAUGCGCUCGGUAUCUGGUCCAUGAUUGUGUCGCACUUGAUUGAAGCCGUUUUAAUCAGCAUCCUUGGUCUACUGCUGCGCUGGGAAAAUCAGAAGCGCGAUCGCAUCCAGUCCCAGAUGGAGGGUGGUCUCGAAGGAAGAGAUCUGGAUGCGACUGCUUUCUUGGAUCUGACGGACCGAGAAAAUCUGAAGUAUGUCUCUUUGUGUUGUCCGGCUUCUAUCUUGCUGUUAUCCUUCAAAUAUGCCAGGGCAAGGACUAACGCUUUCCAACAGCUUCCGAUACAUCUAUUAAGUAUUAGAUUCCCUCUAGUGAUCACGAAUCUACGAAUAUACGACGUUGGAGUGGAUAGUGUUGGAGUAUUUAUGUUGUUUAUCUAA